AUGGUGGGAGAGGGGAGAGAGACGGUGCACGCUCGACUCGGUGCGGAGUCGGCGGAGGCAUCGCAGGCGCCGCCGCCGUCCCCCCUCUGCCGGCCUAUUCCGGCCGCUCCGCCCCGCCGCCGGUCCCCCCUCUUCCGCGCUUGCUCGCCGCCGCUCUCCCCUCUAUCGCGCUCGUCCGCCGCCGGUCCCCCCUCUGCCGAAAUCGAUUUCGAGGGCGACGGCGACGAGUCCCACCUCACCGACGGCGGCAAUGGAGGGGAGGAACAAAAGCGUUAUGAGGCUCCCGAUGCGCCAUCCUUCUUUCUCGGCAUCGACUCCGACAGCGACGGCGAUAAGGAGCGCCGCCGGGAGGAGCAACGGCGAAGUUAUGAGGCUCCCAACGUACCCUCCUUCUCCCUCGGUAUUAACUCUGAUGGCGGCGACCCGGAGCCGCCGCUCGCCCGCUGCCACACUUGCCCACCGCUUGCCGCCGCCAACGCCGAUGCUCCGCAGCCGCGCUCGCCUACCACCGCCGAUGCUCCGCGGUCGCCGCUCACCCGCCCCUUUGCUCCUCCCGUGCCCAGAGCCGUCGCUCGCCCGCCACCGCCGCGGUUGCCCGCCGCUCCGCCUGCCUCCGGCCGCGAGCCACUACCGCUCCCCAUCCGUGGCAAAGAAAACGGCGACUGA